UCAAGAAAAUAUUAAGUGAAUUACAAAAGACUUUUGAACGGAGGUGUUAAUUAAUUGCAAUUUCCUGUCUAAUAUCUUGCGUGAAUUUUCGAGUACGCGUCGUACUCUUGCACAAAUUGCCACUGUCGCCAUGAGCUCAUUCAAGAAAGACCUCAUUCUCCUGCUAAAACCCUAUUAUUGGGUCAACAUAAUCCUCAGCCUGACCUUUUUGAUUGCAAAACGAUGCCCAAUUGUGUGCAACUACACGGUGCCUCUGUUCCCGCACGACACGGACAUCUGCGAACUCGGAUCCCGCGAAACGGAAAUUUUAUUUUUCCUCAUAAUCGUCAUCAUGAUUCGCACCCGCAAAGCUGGCAGCACCACAAUGAUCACCUACUUGACCUCGUCGUUCAUCUACACAAAAGUGGCGAAUUUGAUUCUUUGGUCGUAUCACGAUUUUCGUCUCGGCGUCGCUUACGGGAUUUUAAUCGUGUUAGUUGGGCUUCUCUUGCCGGAGCCAACUUACAGUGGUCCGGAGAAAGUCACGUACUUCCGAACGGAAAAUGGGCUCGCUGACGAGCUGAAUGGCGAUAAACGUGUGACAUGGCUCGUUUGCUUCUACACCGCUUGGAAUCCAGCUUGCGUCAAUUUUGCCCCAAUUUUUGCGGAAUUAUCGUCGGAAUACUGCUUGGAGAACCUGAAAUUCGGAAAAGUUGAUAUUGGAAGGUUCCCGGAUGUCGGCAAGAAGCAUCAUGUGUCGGAUAGUUCGUUGAGCAAGCAACUGCCGACGUUAAUUUUGUUCAAAAAUGGCAAAGAAGUCGAACGGAGACCCAUGGCGGACCACAAAGGAAAGUUGCAGAAAUUUUUCUUUUCACAUGACAACAUCAGAGCUGCUUUUGAUCUCAAUAAUUUGUACAAAGAAGCCAAGGAGAACCCGAUAAAGACGAAAAAAUCGCUUGAAACGAAGAAAGACGAUUAAAAAAAUUCACGAGUGUCGAUAAAUAUUGCAUUUAUCACGGAUUGUUAUCUUUUGUUUGCUUUAUUUUUGCGAAAUUUUGAGUUUUUUCGAUUGCAUUUUACUCAAUUAAGUCAUUUUUCAUUAUUAGAUUUGUAGAAUUUUAUCGAUAUUUUAGCGAAAUACACGAAUAGGUACCAAAAAAAAUUUUUUUUUA